UGUCUUUGUUUACUUUGCCUCUUUGCCUCGAAGGGUUACCACCCAACAACCUGCUUUGGAAGCUCCUGAUUGGUGGAUUCUUGGUGAUGGGGCGGGCUGAGCGUCAGACUUGUUUUUACCAGUGGUGUAGGGGCUCUCAGCUGUCAGAAAGCAUUUAGGCUGCAGCGGAGCAGGAUAUGUCUCUGUUGGUCCUAUCUGCUGCAGCAGCAAAGAUCCGUAACGUAACAAUUUGAAGGGACGAAAAAGUGCUUUGAUAUUUCUUCUAUGCUUCAGGGGCUAUCUGGGAAAAAACGUUGAGGGGAAUCAAACAUCGGCUGAUCUCUUUGCCCUGUUUCCUCUCGAUUUCCUCUUUUCUUUGUUUUCAACCAGCAGAGUCCCUAGGAGCCCGUACAAAACAGAUAAAAACAACAUCAACCUCUGUGGACAUCGUGGCAACAUUUCGCAACAAUCCGCAACCUUAUGCGACACAGAAGGACUUUUCAUCAGUGGAUCUGCAGCUUGUGAGCGUCCCUGAAAGACAGGGCCCCCACCACAUUCGAUCGUGCGUGUGUGAGGAGGCUAAUGCCCGCCGUAGUGUGGUCAGUGCCAGAGGAGGAUGAGUCCGGCUGUGGAGGCUCAGGCCCAGGAGGCCAUGGAUGCAGAGCAGAAGCAGAAACAGAAGCAACAGCAGCAGAACCAGCUGCAGCAUCAGUCGUGCUACGUGGAGAAGGGAGUGAUGCUUGAGCCCUUUGUGCACCAGGUGGGGGGACAUUCCUGCGUCCUGCGCUUUGGGGAGCAGACCAUCUGCAAGCCCCUCAUUCCCCGGGAGCAUCAGUUCUACAGGAGUCUUCCUGCUGCAAUGAGGAAGUUCACCCCACAGUACAGAGGUGUUGUGUCAGUCAGCUUUGAGGAGGAUGAACAAGGGAAUCUUUGCCUAAUCGCCUACCCCCUGCACAGUGACCCGCCUGCAGAUGUAGAAAACAAAGACCCCUCUGCAGACUGUGAUCCCAAGAGUAAGAUGUUCCACUGGGGCCAAAUGAUCACAUCCUCACUGCUUUUGGAAAGCGAAAUUUACAGCAAAGAUGGCCGAGGCCGACACUUUCGAAAAGACAAGGACAAGAGUGGGCACGCGCUGCAGGAUUACACGGAGGUGGAGCGGCCGCAGCAGGCUGAAGUGCUCCACUACAGACUGGAGCACAGUCACAGUAAUGCCGCCCCACAAAUCAAACACAACCCUUGGAGCCUCAAGUGUCACCAGCAGCAGCUGCAACGCAUGAAGGAGAACGCUAAGCACCGCAACCAAUACAAAUUCAUCCUGCUAGAGAAUCUGACCUGGCGGCACACGGUACCAUGCGUGUUGGACCUAAAGAUGGGCACGCGGCAGCAUGGAGACGACGCUUCUGAGGAGAAGAAGGCCAUGCAGAUCCGCAAGUGCCAACAAAGCACGUCAGCCUCCAUAGGAGUCCGACUCUGUGGCAUGCAGGUGUACCAUUCUGAUUCUGGCCAGCUGAUCUUCAUGAACAAGUAUCAUGGCCGCAAACUGACCCUGGCAGGAUUCAAAGAGGCCUUGUUCCAGUUCUUCCACAGCGGACGCCGUCUGAGGCUGGAGCUGCUCUCCCCGGUGCUGAGUCGGCUCAAAGAGAUGCAGGCAGCCCUGGAGUCCUGUGAGUCGUACCGCUUCUAUUCCAGCUCCCUGCUUAUCAUCUACGACGGAGAGCAGCACAGAAAACACAAACGGCGACGCACAGAAGACGAGCUCUCUGAAGAAGAGGAGGAGGAUGAGGACGAGGAGGUGGAAGCUGAACCUAAAAUGGAUGAGGACGAGGACGAAGAGGGAGAGGAGGGUGAAGUGGCAGGUGCGUUCGGCUUUCCUCACAGCCAGGCACCAUCUAGUGAUAGCAGCAGCUGUUGCUCCAGCAGCAGCAGCAGCGGGAGCUCCAGUAUUAGCCAGUCCCGCUCAGAUCUCCGAUGCCCUGUGGUGGAUGUGAGAAUGAUUGACUUUGCUCACACCACCUGCAGAUAUUACCGCGAGGACAGCGUGGUCCACGAGGGCAAGGACAGCGGCUACAUUUUUGGUCUCCAGAACCUGAUCACCAUCAUCUCGGAGCUGGAGAACCACUGCACAGACUGACCGCUGAAAUAAAGCACAUGCACUCAAACUCAAAGGCACAGACUCAGACCCUCAGGCCUGUGGAGGAACUGAGGAGAGGACUACUUUAGCGCUGUAGUUGUUUCUUUACCUCUUCCUGUUUUCACCAUUGGUGCUUUUUGAUGAUACUGUUUUGACUGUCAGCCGCAGGAAGUGAAACAGACUGCAAGUAACAAAGAAGAGGCGUCUGUGUGAAUAACACAGAGAUCCAUCGUCCUGUUUUAACCCCGGUGACCAAGAAGAAGAAGAAAGGCGGGCCGGCCGUAAAUAAAAGCCAUUCAACCAUCUAAGACAGCAGGUGUUCUAGUGUCAGAUUUCCAAAGAAAGUGUCAUUUUGCACACACAGACAUGCUCUGAGAAGGGAGUGUGUGUUCGGACUGAAACGGGGAGAAGCAGGGGGGUUCAUAUGUGGACAGAAACUGGGAGGAGAGAAGUGGCGACCUCAGGCUUUUGUUCUUCUUCUACAUGUUCAUCCUCCCAUCCUCGUUUGUCUCCUAAAGCUAAAUAAAUCUAAGAGAUGAUAGAGACAUAUUUAUUUAUUUCAUGUGUUUCAUAAAAUAAACUAAACAUGUCAAAAAAGACUGUGAACGGAGAGUAGUACAUUCCAUUUUAUUAAUGUUACAAUAAUGAUAUUGAUUAAUAUUGUUAUUUGACACGUUUGGAUACAUCUACCUUGUAUUUUUUCCCGUGUUGUCCGCGAUUUGUUGGAGGGAAAUUAAAACCUCAUUGGUAGCA